UUGUGCGAUUUUUGUGCGAUUUGCUUGGCGGUCUCUUAUAAAUCUUCGCUUGUAUUUUUGUAUAUUUUUGGCGAUAUUAUGGGAUUACUAUGCGAUCUUUGUGAAAUUCUUAAUAACAGUAGCUUAUAAACUUUUUUUGCUGAUGCAUAAUAAAUUUUUGGCGAUAUAGUGCGUUUACUAUGCGAUCUUUGUGCAAUUUUUAAUGACAGUAGCUUAUAAAGUUUAUUAGAUUUUUGGCGAUGUAGUGCGAUUUAUGUGCGAUUAUUAUGCGUGAAACUUUGCAAGUUCCUGCGAUGUUUGUGCGACAUGAUUGCGAUAUUAACGUGAUAUUCACUUUUUGCAGAUGGUUGUUCUUCAAAUUUUGUAUCCUCGGAAUUGGGAGGUUGAUUAUUGGAAAACCAAUUGUGAGGGUGAGGUCCCCACAGUGGAAAUGGGCUUGGAUGAGGUCGAAGAAACACAAGUUGGGGAGCAAGAUUCGACUGCAUUCGAGACCCAAGCAAGACGGGUGGUAGAUUAUGUUCAAAGUGCAAAUAUUAUUCCACCAUCCUCACACAAAACUGCACCAGACCCCUCCACAUCUACAACUAUGCCCCCAACCCCUGCCACUGUGCCGCCAACCGCUGCUGCAGCCAAUGAGUCCGAGUACCUCUUGUUGGCAAAGAGAUUGGAGAAGGUCGAAGCCCAAGAACUUGCGAUUCUCACUACCCAGACUGAGAUGAAGGUUGACUUCAAGAGAAGUCAGAAAGAGAUGAAGAAUCUUAUCAUGGAUCAAAUUGCGACCGUGAUAAGUUUGUUACAGAAGCUGCCUUCAAAGCCGACACAACCAUCAAGGCCGACACAUCAAUCAUUGCCAACAAAUCGAUCAGACUCGGUAGAGCCAUUACAGACGAUACAUCCAUCACCGCCGAGAGAUGAUUAUGAUGAGGAUGAUGUCUAUCCAGAAGAUUGGGAACCCAACGUAGAUGAGGUUCCUUCUACUCCUGCAAAUGCCAUUGUGAUUGCCCUGGGUGAUACACAAUCUCAAGAUGUGGAAGAGUUGCACGGGCCACCAGCUGGGGUGGACUUCUCCAGGGUUAGGAGAAAGCGGAAGCCAAUUUUCUUGAAGGACUACACAGCGGGGAAGAAGAAACAAUGACAUGGGCCAGUUGAAGUAGACAUUGUGAAACCAGAGGACUCUCGGCUGUUGAAAUUUUUCUAGAAGUGGAUCACUUACGCUAGGGACAACAGCCGUCCUAGGGAUGUUCACAUUGGCCCAGCCAAUCGAUCAUGGUUCGUCAAACUGAUGGUGCUGGGAGAAUGGCUCGACGAUGCUGUAAGUUAUUUCUUAACGGAAUAAAUUUAUUGUGUUUUUAAAUUUUUGUGCGAGUUUAAUGCGAUUUAUAUGCAAUUUCUAUGCGAUAUCUAUCUAACUUGUUUCUUUUGAAUCUUUAUAUGCGAUUUUUGUGCGACUUAUAUGCAAUUUUAUGCGAUUUAUUCACUUCUUUAAUUUAUGUAUUAUUUGUGCGACUUAAGUGCGAUUUAUAUGCGAUUUUCGUGCGAUUAAUGAAACAUUUUUUUAAUUUCUCUUGUGCAAUUUCCUGCGAUAAUUGUGCGACAUUUGUGCGACAUCUGUCUUACUUUUUUCUUUUGGAACACAACAAAUUGAUGCCAUGGCGCACUUAAUUAGAAGAAGAAGGAACCUCUAUCCAGAAGUCUACACUCGAAAAUGUGUAGUUUUGGACACAUCUGCUCCACAAAUAUUCUCCAUGUAUUGGAAUUACUAUGAAGGUGACAAGAGCAAGAUAAAAUGGGAUGAGGCUGUUAUGCAUUAUGUGCACGGGAUGGAGCAUAGACACUUGCCAUGUUGGGAGAACCAGGAUUACAUCUACUUUGUGUUGAACCUUCCCAAAGAGCACCACUUGGUGGCAGUUGAGGUGGAUAUUGAGAACUGGGAGAUCAUUGUAUAUGAUUGUCAUAUCGGUGCCACCCCUAAGCAGAACAUGGAGUCAUAUUUGAAGCCUUACAGCGAGCUAUUUGUAAAUCUAAUUUGAGCUAGUGGUUAUUUUGAGUUGAACAAUUAUGUACUUCCGGUUGAUUGCGGUGAUCUCAGCCAGCUCCUACCAUUACAUUAUAGAAGAGCUACCACUGAGGUUGUACAGCAAACGGAGACAAGUGGCGAUUGUGGAGUGUUUGACAUGGAGUACAUUGAGCACUGCAUGUUGGACCGAUCGUUUGAGCAUGUUAAUGAUGAUAACAUGCUCACCUUUAGACAUAGGUGGUGUGUGGACUUAUUUUACCAGAACUUGACAUGGUAGUUUUUUGUAAUGUUAUUCAUAUAAACACAUAAGCUUUUGCAAUUAUAUUAUAUUAUACUGUGAAAUGUUAAAUC